AUGUCUCUGUCACCGACCCCAAGUCUUCUCACACCCCCGCACACUGCCCAUCGAGAGAAGGAGAAUCGCGUAGCUACUCUUGGACGUUUUCACGUCUACUGGUCCUCGCAAGACCAGGUUCGGACUAUCAACAACAGCAUACCAACCACUCCAACCAAGAGAGAGUUAAGGAGGCUUCCAAGCAAGUCGAUUUUGAAGAAGUGCCCCCAGUCGGCUUUGCCCCUCUUCGACACUUUCCAGCGCGAGACAACGCCUGAACCCUCACAACCCGCGUCCGACUCCAAUUACCUCUCAUCGCCUGUCAAUACCAUCAUUGACCCUUCUGCAUCCAUUGAGCACCUGAUUCGCGCGUAUUCCGUCCUCACUGCGCGCGUCAAGGCUCACGUCACUCUGACUGCUGACCGCGACGCGCCAUGGCCGAUUCUUGCCCCACUACGCCAGAACAGGGUCAUGCUCGAAAAAUCCAUCAUUCGGGAUCUCGCCCGGUGCCUCGUCGAUCCACAGAGCAUGCCGCAGACUGCAGAGGACGUAGAGGAGGAAGAGUCUUUGAGACAGGAGAAUAGAGAGGAACGGGACAUUCAGUCUCUUCUUCCCUCACCGAAGAGAAGUCCGACAAAGAAGAGACGCGGAACAACGGCUAAGAAAGCAAAAUAUGGGCGAGAUUUGUGCACUGUAUGCCACUCGGUCAUGAAGCUUUUGACUACACUCUUCACUCUGCCUGCUGCAUAUAAUGUAUUCAACGUGUGUCCUGUCUCAUGA